AUGGAGCAGCGCAGUGCUCCAGAGUUCAUCCUCGAGGCGUUUGCUGAUCCCACGUCUGUCCGGGAUGUCGUACGUGGUAUUCUCCAAACGAUUUUCUUUCACCGCUUCUUUCCCUCUGUGCUGCCUCACACUCGUGAGGUCCUCGAUCUGACCCUACCGUACGUCGCCGACGCCGAGCUCGAGACGAUGAUUGACCAGCGCACCGCGACACUUGUGCGGCAGCUAGACGCCGAGCGCGGGGCGCAGCAGCACCACGCCACGGCGGCGGGCAACGGCGGUGGACGCGGUCAGAUCAUGGUACAGUUCUUUGAGAAGAAGCGUCGCAAGACGUGGCUCAUACGCGGCGACGAGGAGGUCUGCUGGGAGUGCUGGACCGUCAAGGUGACGGUGGCCGAACCGAGGACGGAGAGUGGGCCAAGGCGAGAAAUCCAGACUGAUAGCAUGUGCCUACCUACAGAGAGAGCCAAGGUCCGCAAGGCCAUGGAGCAGACACUGCUCGCCGCCAUCAUGAAAAUUGUCACCUUCGCCAACACCCACAAAGAUCACAUCCCCCCAAUCACGACCACCGAGGCGAACCCCUUCCCCUAUCAGAUUACCGUCAACCAGAAAGAGACGGGUUGGGCUACAAGAAUGGGGAUAUAUUGA